CCCAAAAAUAUGUUGUCUGUAUGCAGUUGCAGAGAGACGCAACACAUCAACACAGGCAUAGAAGCAGAGAGCAGAGAGAGAGAGAGAGACGGGUCUAACUUCCAACGAGUAUUCAUAUUCUUCUUUUCAGUCCACUACGCUUCCUUCUUCCCUUUCCUCUUCUCCGUUACCCAUUCACAUUGUAAUCACAUUUUCUCCCAAACUCACCUCCCCCCCCCCCCCCAAAAAAAAGAGCUUUUCAUUGGAUCACGUCACCCACCUUUGCUUUUGCUCUCUCCUGCCUUUGAAUUGAGCAUUUACGGGUUCCAUAGGGCUCUGAUCGAAUUGGGUAUUUGCAAGAUCUGCGGCUUCGUUUGUUGGUGGCAAAAAGUUUUGAUCUUGGUGGUGGACCAACCCAAUUUCCGGUUUGGAUCCGGUCGGGGUAGAAACAGCGCCAUCAGAUGGCGCUGUUCAGAAGGUUCUUCUACCGGAAGCCGCCGGAUCGGCUUCUGGAGAUUUCCGAGAGAGUUUAUGUUUUCGAUUGCUGCUUCUCCAAGGAUGUCUUGGAAGAAGAUGAAUACAGAGUGUAUAUGGGGGGGAUUGUGGCUCAGCUACAGGAUCACUUUCCAGAUGCUUCUUUCAUGGUAUUCAACUUCCGAGAAGGGGAGAGACGCAGCCAAAUCUCAGACAUAUUUUCUCAGUAUGACAUGACAGUUAUGGAGUACCCUCGGCAAUAUGAGGGUUGCCCCCUUCUGCCUUUAGAGAUGAUCCAUCACUUCCUUCGAUCAAGUGAAAGCUGGUUGUCUUUGGAGGGGCAGCAGAAUGUGCUUUUGAUGCACUGUGAAAGGGGUGGUUGGCCCGUGCUGGCAUUUAUGCUAGCAGGUCUUCUGUUAUACCGGAAACAGUACAGUGGGGAUCAGAAGACUCUUGAGAUGGUCUACAAGCAAGCUCCAAGAGAACUACUACACUUUUUAUCUCCUUUGGAUCCACAGCCUUCUCAUUUAAGAUAUCUUCAGUAUAUUUCCUGGAGACAUUUGGGUUCUGAGUGGCCACCAUCGGAAACACCCUUAUAUUUGGAUUGUCUGAUUCUUAGAGUCCUUCCAUUAUUUGAUGAUGGAAAAGGUUGCAGGCCUGUUGUACGUGUUUAUGGUCAGGACCCUUCAAUUCCUGCCAAUAGAAGUUCAAAGCUACUUUUUUCAUCUUCAAUAUCCAUAAAGCAUGUUCACCACUACCUACAGGCAGAGUGUAUGCUCGUGAAAAUUGACAUCCGUUGUCGUGUUCAAGGGGAUGUGGUUCUUGAGUGCAUACAUUUAAAUGAAGAUUUUGUUCAUGAGGAGAUGAUGUUUAGAGUUAUGUUUCAUACUGCAUUUGUGCGGUCAAAUAUUUUGAUGCUGAACCGUGAUGAAAUUGAUAUUUUGUGGGAGGCAAAGGACCUAUUUCCCAAGGACUUCAAAGCAGAGGUGCUUUUUUUGGACGCUGAUGCUGUUAUACCUGAUCUAACCACAGUCACGGUGAGUGAAGAUGCAAAUGAGACUGAGAGUGCCGAGACAGAAAGUGCUUCACCUGAGGAAUUCUAUGAAGUAGAAGAGAUUUUCAGCAAUGUAAUUGAUGCACAGGAAGGUAAGACAGAAUUUGAUUCACAAGUUUUUCAUGAAAAUGCAGUGGAUGUUGAAACUCAUAAAGAGGUCUGGAGGCAAGAGUCGGAUCCUCAUACUUUUGAGGAUUGUACACCCGAUGACAGGAUUCCUAAGCAGGUUGACAAGAUGGAUUCUGGUAUUAAUGCAGUGAAAGAUAUCUCCAUUGAUGAUGUGCACUAUAAAUUUGAUGGGAGCAUGGAUUCAGAUCCUCAUGCAGUGAAGGACAUUGCUGUGGAUGAUGGAGAAAUUAAGUCAACUUCCACUACAUUUAUUUCUGAUACGAUGAAACCUCCUCUGGAAACAAAGGAAGUCAACAUGGAUGUGCACCAAGAAUUAGCAGUUAUGCAAAAUGAAUAUGAUGAAGAUAAGGAGGCAACAGAAAAGGAAUUAGACUCCAAGGCAGGCCACCAGAUGCCUGAUUUGUCUGAACAAAAAUCUGGUAAACUACUUUCAUCUACUGCCAAGAAACAACCUCCAUCUAACUCGAAGCCAGUUGGAGAUUCAAUUGCAGCAAAGCCAAAGAUUAAACAGCAAGAUACCCAUGGUUUUCAGGCAAAACAAGCUAAGCCAAAUGUAGUAACUAGGUGGAUUCCUUCUAACAAGGGUUCUUAUACAAAUUCAAUGCAUGUCUAUUAUCCACCAUCAAGGAAUAAUAGUGCACCAGCUGCGCUGACAAAUUUCUCCUCCUCAAAGGAGAAAAUGGAAGAUGCCAAAACAAGAUCUUUAUCUGCUCCUGUUGUCUCUGCAGUCGUUUCUCUUGACAAGACAAAUGACCUGAAAAGUCGGAAGGUUGCCACUUCAAAAUCUUCUGCCUAUAUAGCAGCAGAAAUGGAUGAAAAAUGUCCACCAUUAUCAUUGCUGCCAAUUAAAGAGACAUCUUUUCAGUCAGAUACUCAAGCCCAAGAACAGAGCUCAGAGCAAGGGCUACAGCCUCCCCCACCACCUCCCCUUCCAUCUCAAAGUAGAAUCCCUUCACAUGUUUUUGAAUCCUUAUCAUUAAAGGAUGAUGUAUCAGCUCAAGAUUCUCCAUCUCAACUGUUAUCACCAUCUUCUUUGGGUGGAAAGGGGUCCACCAUGGUGCCACCACCACCUUCAAGUUUAACGUCAUUUACGAGACAACCUGCAACUUUUCAUCCUUCCCCUCCACCCCCACCCCAACCCCCACCCCCGCCCCCACCUCCACCCCCAUUUUUUGGGCUAAAUAAAGGGAGCUUAGUUCCUUCCCCAUCCCCUCCUGAUCAUAGUCCUUUUGUAGUGGGUACUGCAGUGGCACUUUCACAGCCUCCUCCACCACCACCUCCAAUGCCGCCUCCAAGGUAUGAAGUUUCAUCCAUUCCUCCUCUAACACCAUUAGCAUCACCUCUUCCAAAGCAUGGAAUUCCAUCAAUUCCUCCUCCUCCUCCUCCUCCUCCUCCUCCUCCUCCUCCUCUGCCUACCAUGUUUCCUACAGCUUCAAUACAUAGAGCUCCACCCCCUCCUCCCCCACUACCUCCAUUUGCAUCACAUAAAGCUUCACCUCCACCUCCCCCUCCGCCUCCCCCUCUACCACCCUUAGCUAAUUCACAUAUAUAUUCAGCUCCACCACCUGUACCUCCACCGCCACCUCCCCCUCCUUUUGGUAAAGCUUCACUACUUCCAUCUCCACCCACACCUCCACCCCCACCACCUCUUCCUUCGUCAAGUGGAGCCCCACCCCCACCUCCACCUCCUCCAUUGUCUAGAGUCCCCCUCCCCCCACCGCCACCUCUUCGUCCAUCUAGUGGAGCCCCACCCCCACCACCCCUUCCUCCUUCGAGUGGAGCCCCACCUCCACCUCCUCCAAUGUAUGGAACCCUACUUGCCCCACCUCCUCCAAUUCGUGGAGCACCACCACCACCACCGCCUCCUCCAAUGCAUGGAGCACCACCUCCAAUGUAUGGAGCACCACCUCCACCACCACCUCCUAGUGGGCGAGGACCGCCUCCUCCACCACCACCUCCUGGUGGGCGAGGACCACCUCCUCCACCACCACCUCCUGGUGGGCGAGGACCACCUCCUCCGCCUCCUCCAAUGUAUGGAGCACCACCUCCACCGCCACCUCCUGGUGGUCGAGGACCACCUCCUCCACCUACUCCCGGUGGUCGAGGUCCUCCUCCUCCACCUCCCCCUGGUGUUCCUGGGGCUCCUAGACCUCCUGGGGGUGGACCUCCACCACCUCCGCCCUUAGGUGCAAAAGGUGCAAAUGUUGGAGCUGAUCCAAGAGGGAGGGGACGUGGGUAUGCACGCCCUGCAGGAGCUGGUGCAAUGGCACCCAAACGGUCCUCCUUAAAGCCUUUGCAUUGGAGCAAGGUUACAAGGGCACUACAAGGAAGUUUAUGGGAAGAAUUACAAAGACAUGGAGAACCGCAAAUUGCACCAGAGUUUGAUGUUUCAGAGCUAGAGAAGCUUUUCUCUGCAAAUGUUCCAAAACCUACUGAUUCUGGCAAAUCUGGAGGGCGGCGCAAGUCUGUUGGAGCUAAAACUGAUAAAAUCACCUUGGUUGAUCUAAGGAGGGCUAAUAAUACUGAAAUUAUGCUCACCAAGGUUAAGAUGCCACUUCCUGAUAUGAUGGCUGCAGUACUAGCUUUGGAUGAGUCGGUAUUGGAUGUUGAUCAAGUGGAAAAUCUCAUUAAGUUUUGUCCUACCAAAGAGGAGAUGGAUCUUUUGAAGGGAUACACUGGUGACAAGGAGCUUUUGGGGAAGUGUGAACAGUUUUUUUUGGAGUUGAUGAAGGUGCCAAGAGUGGAGUCAAAAUUAAGAGUAUUUGCAUUCAAGAUUCAGUUUAAUUCUCAGGUUAUGGAAUUUAAGAAGAGUUUAAACACUGUGAACUCUGCCUGUGAAGAGGUCCGGAAUUCUGUUAAACUGAAGGACAUAAUGAAGAAAAUUCUUUAUUUGGGUAAUACAUUGAAUCAAGGAACAGCAAGGGGAUCUGCUGUUGGAUUCAAGUUGGAUAGUCUUUUAAAGCUCACUGACACUCGUGCUUCUAACAGUAAAAUGACACUGAUGCAUUAUCUUUGCAAGGUCCUGGCUGAUAAGUCGCCCGGGCUCCUUGAUUUCCACCUAGACCUUGUAAGCCUGGAAUCUUCCACUAAGAUACAAUUGAAGUCAUUAGCAGAAGAGAUGCAGGCAAUCAUCAAGGGAUUAGAAAAGGUUAAACAAGAAUUUGCUGCAUCUGCAAAUGAUGGACCUGUCUCUGAAGUUUUCCAUAAGACAUUGAAAGAAUUUAUAGCUGUAUCUGAGUCAGAGGUAGCAUCUCUAACAAACCUAUAUUCUGUAGUGGGUAGAAGUGCUGAUGCACUUGCACUAUAUUUUGGUGAGGAUCCUGCUCGUUGCCCAAUGGAGCAAGUUACCACAACCCUGCUAAAUUUUAUACGAUUGUUUCGGAAAGCACAUGAAGAGAAUAUCAAACAAGCAGAGUUAGAGAAGAAGAAAGCUGAGAAAGAGGCUGAAAUGGAGAAGGCCAAGGGCAUUAACUUGACAAAGAAGGGUGCAAAAGAUAGUUGACAGCUGCGUUUUCUGCUCCUUUGCAUCAACAUCACGCUCUUGCCAAAGAGCAGGAAUGUACCCGUGUAAGGGGAAUGCUUCUGAGACCAGUUAAGAAGCCUCCCCUUCCAUGAUGAUGAUGACGAUGACGACGAUGAUGUGGCAAUUAGCCUUUCAAGCUGAUAUAUUGGCGGGGAAUAGCGAAUUCCUGCGUCCUGUGGAGUUUUGAACAUACAACAGGCUUAGGAGAUAGGAGUUGAUUCUUUGAUGGCAUGGUGCUGAAUUGGAUUUAUGCGGCCAACUGAUCUUUUUUAUCAGAAUACUCUGGAAAUUCCCUGAUUUAGAUGCAGAAUGGAUGCUUACUGUGAUUGCAUGCGUCCAGUGUAUGCUAUGAAAAUGACGGAUCCAGUCCCUUUUAUGUUGGUUCAAGAAGAAAUUUUGUAGCAGGGCAUGCCUUCUAUUAUGGCAGUAGAAGUGGCAUUGGCUUGCAUCAUUCAUUUGGCAUAUUUAAUGUAGCACCACAGCAGAUGCUUUUUGGAUUUGUGAAACACCAAAGUCCAACCCCAACCGUAGUACCAUGACACCUUGUAUAAAGCACUAGCCCUCCUCCUUUAGGAUUCAAUUCUUUCUCAUGUAACAUAGAAAUUAGUUUCCUUUUUGAUAGAGAUUUUGGUAGGUACCCUCGAGAAAAUGUUGUAUAGCAGUCAGGUUCGGAGAAAAUAGAAAUCAGGUCAUUGUAUUGUAACCAAUAUUAAUUUCAAUUGUGAAUCACGAGGAUAAUUUUUGAAUUGUGAAUUAUAAAUCAUAUUGAAUCAGAAAAAUUGAGACAAAA